AUGGCGAUCAGCAUCCAUUCCAAGGCCCUUAAAUCUGAGCUGCUCGGAGCUGGUAGUGCAGCAGCCCGGGUGCAGCGAAAGCCGCUUCAAUUCGAACCUCCCAGGAACCCUUACUUACCGUUCCACCGAAGCUUGAUGAGACAGCCGAGGCGCCACUUCGGACUAGUUAUACCAGGGCCAAGCCCCCCGGCCUAUACGCACGUCAAAGUUCGAGAAAUUGGGUGUCAGCUCCUUGCCUCCAGCUCCGAUUCCUUUAAAAACCCGCUGCGAGAGCGACAGCUACGGCGAGAAUGUCCUUGGUCAGUCCCUCCAGGGACUGUCAACAUAACUGGGCUCUCAUUACUCUCUGGACGGCCGCGGCACUCUCGAUUCCAUAUUUCACAUUCCAAUUCAUACGGAAUCGAUGGCAACAAUCUGGUAAUACUAACCGGUUUAAUCAUAACAGGUACCACCCAUCCGACGAAAGAAAUCAUAUAUACCAUUACCGAUUCGGAUCCUUCGUUGAUCAUCCUCCAUCCCUCAUUCAGCCAUAUGAAAACCGCCAUUCAAGAAGCUUGUCCCGAUAUUCCCUUUUUUGAUCUAAUCCCUCUCGUCGCCAGCACGAAAUCUCUAGUGCCCUUACCACCGUUCCACGCUUCCCUCCCCCAAUCCAGGCGCGCAUUGAUGAUAUAUACGUCCGGAACAACCUCGAACCCCAAAGGCUGCGUCACAACCCACAAGAACAUAACAUUCCAAGCGGAGUGCCUUGCCAAGGCCUGGGAAUAUACCCCGGCAGACCACCUCAUCCAUGUGCUCCCCUUGCACCAUGUGCAUGGGAUCAUCAACGGGCUCACGGCCACACUCCUCGCCGGCGCGACAGUGGAAAUGCACACCAAGUUCGAUCCCGCCGUGGUCUGGAGGCGGUGGUGCGAUCGGGGCUCGUCGACGAUGUUCUUCGCCGUGCCGACCGUCUACUCGCGGCUCGUGGACUACUUCGAUGCGCACAUCCGGUCGACGGAGCUGGAGCCGGAUGCACGGAGGGGCACGAAGGCCCUGCGUCUGGUUGUCAGUGGCUCGGCCGCCCUGCCCACGCCCAUCAAGACGAAAUUCGCGGAGAUUACGGGCCAGGUGCUGCUGGAACGGUAUGGCAUGACGGAGAUCGGCAUGGGGAUUAGCUGUGGGCUAGAUAUCGAAACGAGAAUUGAUGGCAGCGUUGGGUGGCCGCUGCCGGGCGUGCAGGUUCGGCUCACCAAUAAGGAAACCGGCCAGGUGGUUGCGGUGGAGACGGAGGAGGCGGGCAUGAUUGAGGUGAAAGGGGAUAAUGUGUUUCUGGAAUAUUGGAGACGGCCGGAAGCUACUGCGAAGGAGUUUACCGCGGAUGGGUGGUUUAAGACGGGCGAUGUUGCUAAGCGGGAUUCGAACGGGGCGUAUUAUAUCCAGGGCCGGGCGUCAGUUGAUCUGAUCAAGUCUGGUGGCUACAAGAUCUCGGCGCUAGAAGUGGAAAGGAAGAUGCUGGCAUUGGACGAGAUUCAGGAGGUCGUGGUUGUCGGGCUUGCGGAUGAGGAAUGGGGUCAGCGGGUGGCGGCUGUGGUUAAGCAGAGGUCUGGUACUCCUGCGCUCGAACUCAGCCCCCUACGUAUUCGACUGAGGGAAGAAAUGGCCUCAUACAAGGUGCCUACCGUGUUGAAACUCGUGGAUAAUAUCGAGCGGAACGCAAUGGGGAAGGUGAACAAGAGGGACAUCAUAAAGACCUACUGGCCAGAUAAAGCAUGAUGAGAUCAGGAUAGAUUUUAUUUUAGUUCCUUUCUUCC